AUGGCUCCCGCUGUCAUCAUCGCCCCUUCAAUUCUAUCGUCAGACUUUGCGAGAUUAGCAGACGAGGCCGUCCGAAUGGAAAAAUGUGGGACAGAAUAUUUGCAUGUCGAUUGCAUGGACGGCCACUUUGUACCAAAUCUAACUAUCGGACCACCCGUAGUGAAGUCACUACGGAACCACACCCCGUUGUUUCUGGACUGCCAUCUCAUGGUCUCCAACCCCGGGCAAUGGGUUGAAGAACUUGCUGCUGCUGGAGCGAACGGGGUGACGUUCCAUAUUGAGUGCUUUUGUGAAGCACCGUACGAUAAAGAUGAACCGGGGCCAUACGUUGGGCUACAAUCGAGAUCAGAAAUCGAAGGAGCACGCGCUUUGGCAAAAAAAAUUAGAGCGCUCGACAUGAAGACGGGCAUCGCUCUACGACCCCGGACUCCGUUGUCGGCAGUGAAACAUUUACUCGAUGAAGGUUUAAUUGACAUUCUGCUAGCAAUGACCGUAGAGCCAGGGUUUGGUGGGCAGAAGUUUAUGGAGAGCGUUUUGGACAAGGUCGCAGAGGCGCGGAACCUUUAUCCCGACCUCGCCAUUGAAGUAGACGGGGGGAUAUCACCAAAGACCGUGGCCAAGGCUGUGAAAGCGGGGGCGAACGUUUUGGUGGCGGGAUCGGCGAUAUUUGGCGCCGAGAACGCGAAAGAAGUUAUCGAUACGUUGCGGCGGGGCGGGUGAUACUGGAGACUGCACCACGUAAUGUGGGUAAUGAGCUGUAUCAUUUUGUUACAAUAAAUGUUUAUAGUUAUUUUGUUUGGGUA